GAGCCAGCACUGAAAGUUAUGACCUUUCGUAUACGAAUAUGUAAACAAUGCGGUCGAAGAUGGAAAAAUAAGUAACGGGUAUAUAUACAUAACUCAAGAGUUUUUAGCCCUUCUUCAGCACCACAUCCACAUUAACCCUCUACAAACAUUUUCUUUUCUACUCUAGGCCCGAAAUUUUGGGGGAGGGUGCCAGUCGAUUAGAUCGACUCCAAUACGCAACUGGUACUUAAUUUAUCGACCCCGAAAAGAUGAAAGGCAAAUUCGACCUCAGCGGAAUUUGAACUCAGAACGUAAAGACAGACGAAAUAGCGCAAAGCAUUGCGCCCGGCGUGCUAACGAUUCUACCAGCUGCACGCCACCUUCCCCCACAAACAUAUUGCUUUAAUAGUCUCUAAGUUUAGCUGUAUAACACUCCUGCAUAGACCAAUUUACAUAUUAAACACAUUCUUGACAAUUUACCGAAAUUUAUUGUCGCUACCAUCAAUUUAACAAAUAUGUAACACGGUUGAAUGAACAGAGAGAAAUGACCAGAUAUGUUUUUAAUCGACCCCGGAAUGCUGAAAGACGAAGUCAACCCGAACAGAAAUGGAACUAUCUCAGAAAAAUAGUGGAUUAAAUUUCAAUGUGUCCAAAAUAUUGAAUGAGACGUUCUUAUGCAUUAUUCUCUAUAGCUGAACGAUUAAGAAGGUCAUAUCGCAACCAUUAGGUCCCAUUUUGGACAGACGUCGUUUUUUUAUAGUUUUAAGUUGACCGAAUUCGUGAGAAUAUAACUUGGUAGUCGUAAACCAUAGAUGCUUGUCAGGUAGAUUGUACUUGUAAUCCAUAACUUGUCACACUGAUUCUGUUUAGAAGUACAUAUGUCUAUGAAAUACUCAGCCACUAUACCUGCUCGUUAAUUCACUGGCAACUAAACUAGCAGAGAAAUAUGAAGUCGUGAGGGCAGCGCUAGAAAAAAUUAAAUACCUCAAUGAACAUUGGGGGACAUUCGUGGUCUUUAAGAUGGUCAAUUUUAUCCUGGGAUGACAAAGCUGAUAGACCAAACAUCCAUGCUGUCGACUAUUUUGGCAAAGUUUGCCAAAAGGCAAAGUUUGCCAAAAUAGUCGACAGCAUACUGAAGAACUGACAAAACAUAAAACUGCACCAUCUCCUCAGUCGACUUGAUAAAUUUCCUGAAAUUUUGGUGAGACAAGUGAUAGAUAGGUAGAUAGAUAGAUAGAUAGAUAGAUAGAUACAUACAUACAUACAUACAUACAUACAUAGACAGAAAGACAGACAGACAGACAGACAGACAGACAGACAGACAGACAGACAGAUAGAUAGAUAGAUACGCAUGUGUGUGAGUAUUUGUACUACGCAAUCUACAAAAGUACAUUACGUUUACUGACAUACAUUUGUCGGUUUCUGCACAUGAAUCUUAAUGCGAUACACGAGACAUUUAUCGCAGAACUAUGUUAGUUAUAAUUAAUUCCUUCCACACAUAUAUAUUCAUACGUUCUCGCACAUACACUGGGUGAAGAUUUCCCAGCGUUCAUGUCUAUGUAGGAGACUUUGAUAAUGUCGGGCUGCUAUAUUUGCCAAGGUUACAUAGAUAGUUCAUUUACCACCGUUGGCAUUUUAAAUCGUCCGUCAUUUUGUUAUUACGUAAAGCGAGGGGAUUACACGCAUCAAAGGCAUUCGUUUGAAGAUAUCUGGUGCUGAAUGGUAGAGAUCGUUCCGGUUCUGUUAUAGCCCUGGGAUACAAUCGAUCGCAACGGUUAAUGUGUAUGAGACAGAGGUUGAGAUGAACUUGAAGAAAGGGACGAAUAACUGUUAAUGCACCACAGUCGAUUCAUUUUUGCCUCGACCAAGAACAUAAAGAGACGUGAAGAACCUUUUUUCAACUUCACCAAAUCUGGUUCACCAAUUCUGUUCACCAAUUCUGUUCACCGAUUCUGUUCAUCGACAUUUGUCACUGAAAUAAUAUGUCUUGAAGGUGGAUCCUAGUCUUCGGUCACCUUUUACAUACAAGGUGUGACUCAGCCUGGAAGUGAAACUUUAUCAUAAACGACACUACCCAGAGAUACUGGCCUAAUAUAAACUAUAAUUAAAUAUACCAAAGGACCCAGUGGAAUUGAACAUACAUCUUCAAAUAACCAAUCAGUUAUCACACAUAUUUCAACAAUUUCUUAUGCAUGAAUAAAUUUCAGAAGGGAGUAUUUCGAAGAGUGCUAUCGUUUUUCCCAAGCAUAAAUAAUAACAGGAUCUUUGAAUCUAUGAACUCUGUGACUUAUUGUUAUAAUUCUGUGCCUUCACGGUUAAGUUGCUCCUUAAUUGUAUUCUUGGUUAGACGUGAACGUGAUGAUCUUGUAUCUAAAAGCAUAAAAGAGAAACGAAAUAUCUUACCAGAACAACAAAAUUACUGUAUAAAGAUGACUGGAUGAUUCGUAAAGGACUUACAUAUUUAAAGAUAACGUACCAAUGUAUUGUGAACUGUAAUGGUAUUAAAGAUACGUAAUCAUAAUUUUCGAAAACAUUUAUUUCCUUCACUAAUAUAUGUUUGAGAUCAAAGAUUUUUUUGUAAUGAAGUUAUGACAGACAAAUCAACAAAGUGGGCAAAUGAAAAAUGAUUUGCUAAACUGCGACGAGUUUUUUUUUUUUUUUGUUAAUACUGAGAACAUAUAUUACCUACAGGCAAAGACAAUUUCAGAUUCUAAAUAUCGUGAGAAUUCGAAGAAAAGAUAUAAAUAUGUUUACAUUUACGAGCUGGAUUAAACGAUAUUUUUCAAGUCGAUGGAGAUUAUGUUAUGCCUGUGCUGCUGGUUUUCUUUUGAUGCAAGCAAUGCGAGUUGAUCUGAGUAUGGCCUUUGUUUGUAUGUUGAAAACACCCAAUCGCACAACUGAGCAAGUUAACUUCACUGCAAACAACCAACAUUGUUCCGGUUUAAGCAAUCAUUCUAUAAAUAGAGAUUUUGAAGGAGAAUUAGAAUGGAGUGACACGUUACAAGCAAACAUGUUGGCUGGGUACUUCUAUGGGUAUGUUGCAACUAAUAUUUUGGGUGGUGUGUUGGCGGACAAAUAUGGUGGGAAAAGAGUUCUAGGGAGUUCAAUUCUAUCAGCAUCGAUUUUGACCCUUCUUCACCCCAGUUUAUCUCGAAUUAAUGGUUACUAUACACUUGUUCUAAGAAUAUUAACGGGCGCAGUAUCGGGACCGGUGUCUCCAUCAAUUCACUCCUUAUUCGGACGUUGGGUCCCUCCGCAAGAAAUUGGUUUAUUUAUUGGGAUUGCAUUUGCUGGACAAAUUUUGGGAAGUAUUUUAGGUCUUUCAAUAUUGGGUUUCCUUUGUAUUUAUGGAUUUGAUAACGGAUGGGGUUCUAUAUUUUAUAUAUUCGGUGGAAUAUCGUUGGUGUUUUGUUGUCUGUGGUUUUAUGUGGUUUAUGAUAAUCCAGAUGUCCACCCAAGUAUCAGCAAAGAAGAAAGGUCUUAUUUAAACAGAACAAUAACAAGUGAAAAUGUGGUCAAAAAAGUGCCUUUGCAGAGAUUGUUGUUUUCACCUGCAGUUUGGGCCAUCAACUUCGGUUUGUUCGCUUAUUGCUGGUCGGAUUUAUGUUUCCAGAUACUGCUACCUCUAUACAUGAAAGAAGCCUUAAAUGUGAAUACAACAUCUAACGGUUUAAUGUCGUCUGCUCCUUCAGUUGGACAAAUUAUUGCUUUGCCCUUAGGUGGAAAAUUUGCAGAUAUUUUACUUUCAAAGAAAUAUCUGUCAAAACGUUCUGUUCGUGUUUUAUUUCAAACCUUUGCUAUGGUUGUUUCAGCAAGUCUGCUGAUUGCCAUAGGAUUCCUCAGAUGUGACCAAACCAUUCUAAUAACUCUCCUUCUAUUUCUCAGUGGUAUAACAAUAUCAUUUGUCAGUGGUGGUGUUCUCAACAACAGUGACAUAGCUCCAAGUUACGCUGGUAUUAUAUAUGGAAUCGCGAACACUUUUGCCUCAACGUCGGGCAGUAUCAGUUCCUUAACUACAAAAGCUUUAACUCCAAACGGUACGCAAGAAGAAUGGCAGAUCGUGUUUGCCUUAUGUGCCGCUAUAUGUGUAUCUGGUGCGAUAUUAUUUGCAAUAUUGGCAAGAACAGAGAUCGAAGACUGGGCAACCUCUGAGAGAUCUAGAGCAUCCGUUUAUCCCAGUGACACAAAUACAAAUAAAAUAGUCUAACUAGUUUACAUUUUUUUUCUUUGCUAGAUUCUUCGUGACACUAAUAUUUUCCUGGUGUAAUUCAUUGCUAUGCGUUCAUAUUUUCUUUGACAUAUACAUAUAUACACUGAUAUGUAUAUAUGGUUCAGAUGUACUGAGACGGAGACAGAUGAGGAAAUAAGAAGCUGGUUUGAUGCUUAGCAAAAAUUGCAAAGUCUUGUUUGUUUAUAAUUUUUACUUAUGCCCUUAUUCUGUGCUUUAUAUAGUUAUCUUUGUAUUGUGAUUAAUUCAUAUCAUAUGUUGCAACGGGCCCAACUUUUUACUGUAUAAAGCCUUUGACCCUCACCUGCUCUUUUUGUAUCUAUUUUGUUUAUGUCUCAUAAUUGCAAAUCACACCUGUUUAUAUAUGUAUACAUCAAAGGGACCUUGUGGCAAUAAUAAAAGAAAAUGUUGUUGUUGUUGUUGUUGUUGUUGUUGUUGUUGUUGUUGUUGUUGUUGUUUUCGUCAUUAUUCAGAGUUGAACAGCUCUUUAUGUUUUGAGCAAAAAUCCCGUCGACUAAACAAACACAUUUCGUUUAAAUUUCGAACUGUAUGUCUAACUGAAAAAAACAAUUAGUAGUAGUAGUAGUAGUAGUAAAAAUUGAUAAUAAUAAUAAUAAUGAAGAAAAAGAAGAAGAAAGAAAGAAAGAAAGAAAGAAAGAAAGAAAGAAAGAAAGAAAGAAAGAAAGAAAGAAAGAAGGAAAGAAAGAAAGAAAGAAAGAAAGAAAGAAAGAAGGAAAGAAAGAAAGAAAGAAAGAAAGAAAUAAAGAAAGAAAAAGAAAGAAAGAAAAAUAAAGAACAUGCAUGAUAAUCGACAUAGCAUGCCUCGUCUCAACAAGAUCAAAAAAAGAAGAAAAAUAAAACAACUAUGACGAUUUGAAGUGAGAAAUACGAAGGUUUUGGUCAAUGAGGAGAGUAGACGUGAUACCAACAGUAAUUUGCACACUUGGAAGUAUCAACACUCAACUACCAACAUAGCUCAAAAAAAAGAUUGGUGCAAGUGGGAAUGUAUUAUCUUGAAGCAGGCAUAAACGCACCAAACGAUUAAGAUAACUUCAAUUUCGAGACUCGUACAUUUCCGUUCAGUUCCGCUUCUUUGCAUCAUAACACCGACAUAAAA